AUGCGACUUAUUCACAGUUGUUCUCGUCUUCGUCCUCGUUGUCGUUGUUCUCGUCUUCGUCCUCGUUGUCGUUGUUCUCAUCGUUGUCCUCGUUGUUGUUAUUCUCAUCGUCGUCCUCAUUGUUGUUAUUCUCGUCGUCGUCCUCGUUGUUGUUGUUCUCGUCGUCGUCCUCGUUGCUGUUGUUCUCGUCGUCGUCGUCGUCAUCUAGAUAAAGCCGAUGAAGGUGACGAUGAACCGCUUCAAUUAAAGAAGAAUGUCAGAUCAAAAGCAAAAGCAUGUACAAUCCUACUAAAAAUAGUAAGUCCAAAGAAUAUUAACCAGAUCGUAACGAAUUUAGUUAUUGGAAUUAAUCCUACAGCCAAUAUCACUGUGGGAAAAUUUUUUUGUUUGCGUAGAUUUUUUAUCGCUCGAUAUUUGAAUUCAGGUUUCGCCAUUUUAGCGAAGCAACUGAAGUCUUAUAUCAAACAUGUAUGUAUGUGA